GAAUAAGUAAUUUGCAUAUUUACAAAUCAAACACAAAAUGCUCGUCAGGAUCGGCUGCACGCUUCUCUUUCUUUAUUUUCUAUUUAUGAAUUGUUCCAAUGGUAGAUACACCUCAAAUAGAACCACCGUAUGCUCCGGGGACUCGAACCGUUGUGGGAGGAAUUCGGAACAAGUAGAUAAUUCCAUUAGGAUCGAACGCAUCAAGUCGCAGAUUUUGCAGAAAUUGAAACUGGAUGCUCCGCCAAACGUAAACAAGGAAUACAUCCCCAAGUACUUGAGAGAAAAGAUCAUAUCUGACUUUAAGGACAAAAUUGAGAGUGAGCCAGAGACAGAGGUUUUCAGUGAAAAAAUUGAUGACGUCCUUAUCUUGCCUAAUAACACAACACCUUGUGAUUACCGGUUUGACAAGGGAAUGCGAUCUUGGAAAAAAGGCCGCUGUUACCAAUUUUUAUUGACUGAGGAUUUGAGCAACUACUACAUAUCAUCAGCUAAAUUGGUGAUACAGUUCAACGCUUCGCUUUAUGACGGAAACUGCAAGUUUUCUGCUGGCUUCUCUUCAAGCGAUGAUUCUGAAGCAAGCGAAAUUUUAUGGAUUGAAAACAGUUCGGCAAACAACGAAACUGGCCUAUUUGAAUUCAACAUUACUGAAAUAGUUGGCAACUGGAUGCUUCGUGGAAACCUGUUGGCUUACGUUUCUGAAAUGUGUAGCGAUCAUUUAGAUGAAUCUACAAGCUUCUUAAGACCCAUCAUGAUCAUACAGAAAAAAUCAAACGAAAUCCUGCAACGGAAAAGGCGUAAUCUUUGUGCCCCAAAUGCAACUGGGUGUUGUUUAAAAUCCUUACACGUCUACUUUGAGGACAUAGGCUGGGACAACUGGAUUCUAGACCCUCCCUCAUAUGAUGCAAAUUACUGCACUGGGGAAUGCGCAAUAGACCUCUCUUCAGCAAUGUAUCCACACACCACAGUUCUCAUGAACGAUCAAGGCACCAAUGUUUCGUUUUGCUGUGUGCCAAGGUUAAAGCCACUCAACAUAUUGUACAUGACAGAAACGAACAAAACCUAUUACUUUUAUCUGAAAACGAUGCCAGAUAUGAUGGCCGAAAGUUGCGCAUGUGCCUGAAAACGUUUAAACGUAGUACUUUAAAGAUGGAAUGAAAGAAAACAUCACAAUGAUUUAUUUUGACGCAUCAAACAUUUGUCUUUCAUGAAAAAAGUCAGUUGAAAAUGCUCAAAGUUAGCAUUUGAAUUGAAUAGUGAUGCGGGGCUACACUGAGUGGAAGCAUAGAACACGCCAAUCUUAUAAUCCGGGGGUUCCCGAAAUGGGUGCCGCGGCACCCUGUGGUACCAUAGACAUAGGCGAAGGGUGCCGCGAAGUGUUUUUGGUGUGUCAAAUUGCUGUUGUUAUUUAAACUUAAAAAAGUGCAACGGUUAUUCAUCAAAGUUUCACACAGUUUCAGAUAUUUUACAUUAAUAAAACAGAAACACAAAAUUCUAUUCAUCUACAAUCUACAUUAAGAAACUAAAAUAGGUCUUAAUUCAUUAAACAUAUAAUAAGUGAUAACCUUUUUCUACAAAUAGUACUUUCUGCUUUUUUCCUCAAAAUCAUGCAAAUAUAUGAAAUAUUGAUAUAUUUCUACUUAUGUCUUAUGCAGUUUUCUAUUUAUAUAAAUAAAUAAAUAAAUAUACAUAUAGAGAGAUAGAUAGAUACAUAAUUAAGAUAAAUGAUUAAGGUGCCAUGAGAAAAUUUUAACUACUUAAAGUGUCUUAUGACUUGGAAAAAUUUGAGAACUCCUGUAACCCUCUUCUUUUUUACCUCGGGGAUUAAAAACAUAUUGGAGUAAAAAGUAAAUAAAACAUUGCAAACUUUUCAUACUUUGGAGUUAAAACCUGAUUUUUUAAAUAUAUUUUUUUUAAACCAUUUACAUCUCUAUUUAAUUUUGAGAUCAAAAGUUUACUGCUAUGAUGCUAUGUCAGAAACUUCCUACGCACAGGUUUCCAGUUAUUUCACAUUUUACAGUCAAUUUUACAAGGAGCACCUGCUCAACAAUGGAUGUCCUCCUAUACUAAGUUCUUCAAUUAAGGGUUUAUAUCGUGCAGAUCUGAUUUUAAGCAAAUGAAUAAGUUCUAUUGUGGCGGUUUCUUUUUGCUGUGAAUGAUUCUUUUUAUUGCUAAACUGUGAUAUCAUUAUUGAAAAUCUUUUUUUUUUCCCUGUAAAAUACUUUUGCAUUUAUUGUGAGAAAAAAUUCAUAAAUAAAGUUUGUUUUUGAGA